GGUCUGGCGGAGCGGCGCUCGGGGCGGGCAGAGGCCGCCGCUCCCCCCCCGGCGCCGGUCCCGUCCCGGCCCCGCCACGGCCGCCGCCGCCCCCGGCCCUGGCCCCGGCCCCGCCAUGGCCGCCGCCCCCGCCUCGGCAUCCAGAUGCUGCUGGAGGCCGCCGAGUUCCUGGAGCGGCGGGAGCGAGAAGCCGAGCACGGUUACGCCUCGCUGUGGCCCGGCGGGAAGGACGGCGAGGCCCCGCGGCGCCGCGCCAAGGCCCGGAGGAGCGGCGGCGCCGGCGGCAGGUCGACACACAAUGAGAUGGAAAAGAACAGGCGUGCCCAGCUCCGGCGGUGCCUGGAGAGGCUGAAGGGGCUGGUGCCGCUGGGCACGGCGGCCGGGCGCCACACCACGCUCAGCCUCCUCACCAGGGCCCGGCUCCACAUCCAGAAGCUGGAGGACCAGGAGCACCGGGCCCUGCACCAGAUCGAGCAGCUGCAGCGGGAGCAGCGGCACCUGCAGCGGCAGCUGGAGAAGCUGGGGAUGGAGCGGGUCAGGAUAGACAGCAUCGGCUCCAGCCUCUGCUCCGAGCGCUCCGAGUCGGACCAAGAGGAGAUGGACGUGGACGUGGACGUGGAGAGCACGGACGACCUCCCGGCCGAGCUGGACUGGAGCAGCAGCAGCCCCAGCGACUCGGACGAGCGCGGCAGCCUGCAGAGCCUGGGCAGCGACGAGGGCUACGGCAGCUCCGGCGGGACCGGGGCCAAGCUGGGCAGCAGCAGGAGGAUUCCCACCGCCGGGAUGUAGGGAGCGCUGCCCGGCGGCCCUGGGGAUCCCGUUAGCCAGCACAGCGCCCCGCAGCCUUCCCCGCACGGAGCCGGGAAUAUCCCGCAAUAACAGCGGCUGCAGGAGCCUCCCCGGCUCCUUCCCCGGCUGUCACUGCCCGGUAUUCCCGACCUUCUCCGCCUCUGGGUGUUCCCGAUCUCAGGAGCCGCAGGGCUGAGCUCUCUGGGAGCACAUCCGAUGCUUUGUGCAGUUUCCAUCCGUGGCAGAGCCGGGAGCACGGAGCGUUUCGGGCACAGGGAUCAGCCUCAGUCGGGGCUCCCUUCCCCGACUCUAAAUAUUCAGGGACCCCAUCCCAGCCCCCCCGGAGCAUUCCCGGCCCAGCACAGCUCAGAGCCAUCCCCACUCUGGAAUGUGGCGUUCCAGGCUCCUGGAGUUCCCUUCCCACGCUUCAGUCUCGGGGACAGUUUUUUCUACCUCGGAGGGAGCCCAGGGCCUCUCUCCACCCCUUCAGCACAAAGGUGAUGCCUCUGCUCAGCAAUAACCCCACGGCCUCCCCAGGCUGUGCCUCCCCGGGGCUGCUCCCGGCUCCUGGAAGGUUCCAGAAGCCACCGCAGGGAGGGAAGGCCGGGGCAGGGCAGGUUCCCAGCCGCGGUGAGGAUUCGCUUCCCAGUGCACUGCCGGGAGCAUUCCCACCACUUCCCGCUCCUGGAGAUGCUCUGGGAAUGUUGGCACCUGGAGAGCUCUGCUUCCAGCACCUUCCUUUUCCCCUGGAGCUGGUGCCAGGGCUUUUCCAGCCCCUGGAGCCUUCCCAGGGCUUUUCCAGCCCCUGGAGCCUUCCCAGGGCUUUUCCCAGCGCUGGGAUAAAACCCUGACCCUCUGCCCGUCCCUUUCAGGAAAUGCAGGUGCUGAAAGGCAUCGAGAGGCUCCAUGGAGUGCAAGGGGAUGAGCAGCAGGAGACUCCAGUGCUUUUGCUUUUCCUUUGUCCUUUCCCCUUUCCCUUCCUUUUUCCUUUCCCCUUUUUUUCCUUUUCCUUUCCUCCUUACCCCUCUCCCCCUUUCCUUUUCUUGUUUCUCUUUUCUCCCCCUCCUCCUUCUUUUCCUUUCCUUCUUUCUCCCUUUUCUAUUCUCCUUUCCCCCAUUCUCAUUUUCCCCUUUUCCUUUCCUUUUUAACACCCCAAUCCCAUUCCUGGCUCACAUGGGGAAGUGGGAAGCCGCCCACAGGCCCCACAAGUUGCCCAAAUCCCCCAGGUUCUGUCUCUUUUUUCCAUGUGCUGGCUCUUAAGAGGAAAAAAAAAAAAAAAAAAAAAAGAACCCAAACCACAAAGAAUUUUCCUUUGAAGCUGCUGGAAUUUUCCACCCUCUGGCAUUGUCACAGACUGUGGGCACCUGAGCUCAACCCCCUGCACCAUCAAAAAGAGGGGAAAAAGGCAAAAAGAUGGAAAACAGAGAGAAAAAGAGAAAUACCAGCCCCUGGGGCCAUGGCUCAGGUGGCUUUUGCCUCCACCUGGGGAAUCCCUCUGGGCAGGUGAUUCCCAGCGCUGGGAAGGCCCUUCCAGAGGUACAAAACGUUGAUUUUUGGUUGGUUUUGGACAUUUUGAAGGUUUGGCCUCAGGACAAAUGAGGGGUUUUGGCAGGUUUGUGCCUUUCUGAGCUCCCAAAGCCUUUUCUAUCCCAGUUUUGCCCCCUCCUGUCCCAGCCUGACCCUUCCGGGCCCUUUGCACUGUGGGGCUGUGCUCCGGGAACCCCAAAACGCUGCACUAACCCGGAAUGCCCGGGUCCCCAGUGCUGGUGCCAGCCUUUUCCUGGAAUUCACUGAUCCACCAGCAUUCCUGUGAAAUAAGCUGCAGGAAGGACUUUUUUAUAGGUUGUGACAAAAAAAAAAUAAAUCCAGGGAGUGGGGGGAGUGGGGUUGGGGCACGGAUGGGUGGGAAUCACAAACUCCCAUUUUUGGGCUGUUUUUCCUUUCUUUUUCCUUAGGGAAGGCAGAUCCCGAACCGCCAGCUCCGGGAAGCACCAAAAUGUUUGUUUAUCCUUCAUUUUUCCAGCGGAGCCAUCCCGUCUCCACUCAAGCUUUCCUUUAUUAUUCUUUGGGGCACCUCUUCUUUGUGCUUCUCCCCUCAUUUUUUCUGUUCUUUUUGCUCCCAGCCAGGCUCCGUUGGGCAGCUGGGAGCGGACACGGAUCCAAUUCCAGCCGUUCCUGCUGUAAAUAUCCAAAAAUCCCAUUUUGCAGGGCUGAACCCCCGUGUCAAGCCAAUAGAAUGGUGCUUUUCUUCUUUUUUUUUUAGGAAUUCCGUGUUUUAGGAGAUCUUUGCUGUGUCCAUGGAUAUUUCUGUCUUGUUUGAUUGUUAGGAAAUAAAUUAUUUCGUUACGAAA